AUGAACGAAAACAAGUUGUGGUGCAAAACGUUUGACAUAAAUGAUCUGACAAACUUAAAGGAUGAAUUCGACAAGAAUGGUUUUGCUGUCAUAAAUAAUGCUUUCGCAUCAUUUGAAUUAGAAGAAAUGCGUGAUCGCAUAAAGGAAAUCGUUGAUCAAAUGAAUCCGGCCGAUCAUCCCAAAUCAGUUUUCACCACUUACGACGAGCAGAAGCAAGCCCGUGAUAAAUACUUUCUUGAAAGCUCGGAUAAAAUUCGUUUUUUCUAUGAGGAAGGUGCAUUUGACAAUCAGGGUAAUUUGCUAGUAUCAAAGGAACUUGCACUCAACAAAGUCGCUCACGCAUUGCAUUGGCUGGACAAUGUGUUCAAGAAACACACAUUUUCACAGAAAAUUAAAGACAUCGUGAAAGCGUUGCAUUUCAAUGAACCGGUUGUCGCCCAGAGUAUGUAUAUAUUUAAACAACCCAAAAUUGGUGGCCCUGUGAACGAACAUGUGGAUGCAACAUUCCUUUACACUGAACCAAACGAUCACUUACUUGGUUUAUGGAUCGCAAUUGAUGAUGCUGAUUUAUGUAACGGUUGUCUUUCAUUUAUACCCGGAUCACAUAAAGUUGAUUCAAUCAAGUAUCGCUACAAAAGAACCCAUCAACGCGAGGGUGAAAUACUGAAAUUCGAAGGGAAUAAACCAGUGUAUAUGCAGAGCGAGUACGUCAGUGUUCCGGUUCAGAAGGGGUCUGUUGUGGUCAUUCAUGGAUGUGUUGCUCAUAAAAGUGAAGCAAACGUAUCGUCGAAACCAAGGCAUGCUUAUACGUUACAUGUUAUCGACAUGAAAGGAGCAACAUACGACGCUGAUAACUGGCUUCAGCCAACUGACCAAUAUUCGUUUCCGAAUCUCUACGAAAAUUGA